UAACCAUCAACGCCCGCCCUUCACCACCAUAGACGCAAAACGGAAGGGGCAUCUCCCUCCAAUUUGCGAAACAACCCAACAGACUCACGAGCCAACGACGCACGAACGCACUAAAAGAAGAGCAAAUUCAAAUCUCACUUCCGGGUCUCAUCAAUGGCGGAGGUUUCAGUUUCGGCCAUUCACCUCCACGACGACAACGACGACCACCACCACCAAGACGACUUCAUCGUCACCCUCGACUCCUUCCCCUACUGGUCUCCCGACUUCGACUCCUUCGACGUCUUCGCCUCCGACCCGGACUUCCCACCCUCCGAUCUCGCACUCACGCUCGCCCCUCAACUCUCCACUGCUAGAUCCCUCGAUGACGUCGUCUCCGAGCCCGAUUCGAUGGCUACCGUUGAUCUCCUCGACCGCGAGAACCAGGUGAGCUUCGUUAUGGACUUGUUCCAUCAGCGCGUCGAGCAAUCGGCGGGAUUCCUGUCUCAGGAGCCUAAUUUAGAUUCGAGUUUUCGGGUCCUUGAAGGAAACGACGAGAUGGCUUCCGCUCAUUUAGAGCUAGAUCUAGGGUUAGGGUUAGGGUUUUGUAUGGACGAGCAUGGUCUGGGUGAUGAUGACAAUAGCAGCUUUAUGGUUGCGGACCGCGGGGACGAGUUCUUUACGUCGAGGAGGGGCUCUGUAUCCGAGACUGGUGAGUCGUCCACCGCAUCCAUCGCCGAUCGAUUGGCGGUCGAUUUGAGGGUGUUGGACAACGAACUGGGUUCCAACGAGGAUGAGAACGAAAUUUUGGGGAUUGAUUUGAAUUCAGAGGAGGAUUGUGGCCUGGAUAAUACUGGUGAUGACGAUAGGAGCCUUCGGCUUUGUUUGGACUCGUUCCAUUUGGAGGACCAGGGGGACUUGGAUGAAGAUUUCGAGUGGGAGGAAGUGGAUGGUAGGGUAGAUGAGAGGGAAGUAUUGAGCAUGUUUUUUGAUACUGAUGUGGAUGAGGACUUGGAUGUAUCAGUUUCGGUAAUUCCACCCCAGGACCGAGUAGAUGCGGAGAGGGUGAGCGGAAUGAGAAAUUUGGACUGGGAAGUAUUAUUGAAUGUUCACAAUUUAGAGGGGAACGUAGAUUUUAAUUUAGCCAAUGAAGAUGGCUACAAUUACACGGCUGAAUACGAAAUGUUGAUUGGGCAUUUUGCAGAGAAUGACAAUGCCACGGUGGGAAGGCCACCUGCUUCAAAAAGUGUUGUUAAAAAUCUCCAAUUGGUUGCUCUAACUCAGGAAGAUGUGGACAAAGACAAUGCAAUUUGUGCAGUUUGUAAGGAUGAGAUGACUACUGGUCAACAAGCAAUGCAACUACCUUGUACGCACCGAUACCAUGGGGAUUGUAUCAUUCCAUGGUUAGGUAUCCGGAAUACCUGUCCUGUCUGUCGUUAUGAAUUGCCCACUGAUGAUCUUGACUAUGAGCAAAGGAGGUCCCAAAGAGCUGGUCGUGCACAGUAAGCUACCCACAAUAUCAGAUUUAAUCUUGUAAGUUGAGCUUUAUUUUGUUUCUGUUUUCGAUAAUCAAGAUGGGAAAGGCACUCUCUCUUUGAGGAUGAUGUUAUUCUUAAUGAUUUUGUAUGUUACCUGUUGAGAUUAUAACUAUUUGGUUGCUAGAAUGUGUUUUUUCA